ACACGAACCGGGAUUCCGCCUAGCCGUGCCUACGAUCACAUGUGCUCUUUGUUCGCCACUAAAAGAGGACCGUCAGUUCAGAUAAAGUAGAACCUGUGGACCGGUGGUAGUCGGGAGUCGUGUGUGUAGUCCUACUGUAGUAGUUUGUGUUGUGGACUCUCAUUGCUUAGGUUAGUUUUCCGAUGUCAGCAUGAGUGUGCCGAAGCAGUAACCGAACCGCUCAGCUGACAGACAACAUGGCUGCCAGAGGUCUGGUGGUGCUAGGCUGCCUAGCCUUUAUCCUUCUCUUCCCAACGAACGCUGAGUUCCUGAAUGAAGAUCUAGUCUUUGAAGAACCCGCCAGUCCUCCCAGAUGGAGGAGAGAAACAAACACAAGAACAGUUUAUAACCAAGAAAUUAACUCCUUAGAUAGUCCGUUAUUACAAGACUCUAGUUAUAGUGAUAGUGAGUCGGGGUUGUGGAACAGUGCAAAAAGAGUUUUACAUAGAGUGAGAAGGGGUUUGUUUGACUGGUUCGACUCUUCCAAGGAAUCAACCACCACCACGAUAGACAGUGCUGCUGCUACAAGUAGUAAAGAGUUUACAUCAGAACCAGAAACCUCACAUACAUCAUUCAGAGAAACCAGAAGUACGGAUGAUUUCAAUAGGACAACUCAGCACGUUGAGUAUUUAUCAUCCUUAGUGACUGAUGAUGAUGAUUUUGAUAUUGGGGGAACUUCUGGUGAUUCAUCAGGGGACUUAGAAACUGAUCUGGGAACAGGAGAUUUUCUGCCUGGCAUUCCUUCUACAUCUUCUCCAUACCAAAGAGUAUACCACCGAGUAACCAUAUCUGUUCAUGAGCCAUAUAGAGAUGAACUGGCAGAUCGCAACAGUGACUCAUUCAAAGAAUUCUCUGAUCAAUUUUCCCAAGCUGUGGACAAUUUGCUUGAGAAUGACCCGAGGAUUUCAGGCACUCAAAAAUCUGGUGUCAUCAAUAUUGAAAGAAAUGAUGACAUACCUUGGAUGUUAGUAGUUUUGGACAUCUCCUCAGAGGGUUUCAACAAGCCUGAAGAGGUUGAGCAUGUGUUGCGAGAUCAUGUGGAAAAGUUUAGAAGGAUUGGAUCAUAUGCUGUCAGUCCAGACCACUUUGAUUUCCGUAAUUUUGGACCCCGUGAAGAGCCCGUUUACCCAGAAUACCCUGAGAGGACUAGGGAAUGUGCACCAGGGGAGAUCCAAUGCUUAACAUUCUCUGGAGACCAAUGCCUGAGCAUGGAAGCUCGCUGCAAUCGAACAGUGGAAUGUCAGGAUAGAUCAGACGAGGAAGGCUGCCCAAGAAAUCUGUUUGUAGAAGAACUCAACACCACCACUUCUCCCACAACCACUACAACGACUGAAGCUGCUCUACGAGAAUUGACGACUGCAGGCCCUCUCCCCGGCUCGAUUGACCGUUGUCGAGCGGAUGACAAGGUGCGCUGCAUUGAUGGCUCCACUUUUAUCUGUGAUGACCAGAAGUGUGAUGGCAGGAAGGAUUGUCCAGACGGAGACGAUGAAAUCGGUUGUCAGAUAGAAGAUGAAUGUGGCCUAGAAGAGUUCAUGUGUGACCUGACACGGUGCAUCCCCCUGAGUCAAGUGUGUGACGGUGUGUACCAGUGUAUCGACAAGCUGGACGAGGAAAACUGCCCUGAUAUUCCCAAAGCAUGCACAUCAGAGCAGUUCGAGUGUCGUGAUGGUAGCAGCUGCAUUGCUCUAGCCCAGUAUUGUGAUGGCCGGUAUGACUGUAGAGACUACAGCGACGAGUCCAACUGUAGCCAACCCAACGUCACUCGUCAAGCGUGCACAUCAGAGCAGUUCGAGUGUCGUGAUGGUAGCAGCUGCAUUGCUCUAGCCCAGUACUGUGAUGGCCGGUAUGACUGUAGAGACUACAGCGACGAGUCCAACUGUAGCCAACCCAACGUCACUCGUCAAGCGUGCACAUCAGAGCAGUUCGAGUGUCGUGAUGGGAGCAGCUGCAUUGCUCUAGCCCAGUAUUGUGAUGGCCGGUAUGACUGUAGAGACUACAGCGACGAGUCCAACUGUAGCCAACCCAACGUCACUCGUCAAGCAUGCACAUCAGAGCAGUUCCAGUGCGGUGACGGCACCUGUAUUACUCUAGUCCAGUUUUGUGAUGGUCACAACGACUGUGCCGACAACAGCGAUGAGUUAAGCUGUCCUCGCCCAGCUUGCAAGCCUGAUCAGUUCGAGUGCUAUGAUGGCAGCGGAUGUGUCUCCAGAACACAAUACUGUGACAAUCGACCUGAUUGUAGAGACAACAGUGAUGAAUACUAUUGUCCAGAUCGUCAAGUGUGCACGCCAGAGCAGUUUGAGUGCCGUGAUGGCAGCGGCUGUGUGAAUCGGACACAGUACUGUGAUAGCAUACAUGACUGUAGAGACCACAGUGAUGAGGAAAACUGUAUCCAAACCAACGUCACCACUCAAGCAUGUGACUCAGUGCGACAAUUCGAAUGUGACGAUCAAUCCUGUCUGGAAAUAGGCCUAAGGUGUAAUGGCAGGGUAGACUGUCCACAUGACGGAUCCGAUGAACGAGAUUGCCCCAACACCUCCACUCUUAGUGAAUGCAGGCCAUCAGAAUUUCGAUGCCGAAAUGGAGUGUGCCUUGAUUACAUGAGAAAAUGUGAUCGGAAAUCAGAUUGUCCAGACAAUACUGAUGAGCAAACAUGUCCAUGUACAUCAGAUGAGUUUAAGUGCGAAAAUGACUUCUGCAUCCCGAAAACCCAACGCUGUGAUGGACUGCGCCACUGCAAUGACGGAAGCGAUGAAUUUAAUUGUAAUGAAACAUGUAGAGUGGAUCAAUUUCAUUGCAAGGAAGGAGGCUGUAUUGACAGAAACUUACUCUGUAACCGAAUAUAUGAUUGUCGAGAUGGCUCUGAUGAAAAUAAUUGUGAUACGUGCAAAACAGAUGAUUUCUAUUGCAACGAUGGCCGCUGCUUGCCAAUGUCUGUCCUUUGUAAUGGUCGCAAUGACUGUCGAGAUGGUGAAGAUGAGUUACGCUGCCCUAACCGGCUCACCUGUCAGCCGCAUGAGUUCCAGUGUCGUGAUCGUAGCUGUAUCGACUACAGCUUGAAGUGUAAUGAUGUACCAGAUUGUGCGGAUUACAGUGACGAGGAUGAUUGUGAAGGGGAGUUAGCACCCUGUCAAUCAUCAGACUUCACCUGUAAAGAUGGUUCAUGCAUUCCGAAGGGCAAGCGUUGUGAUGGAAAACCAGAUUGUCCUGACGCCUUUGAUGAGUUGGAUUGUAGUGACGGGAAUCCAGUGCAUUGCAUGGCUAACGAGUUCCGUUGUAAUGACGGCUCAUGUAUCCAAGCAGCCUACAGGUGUGACAACGUUACCGACUGUGCUGAUAGAAGUGAUGAGCUAAACUGUAGGCGUCAGAGCUGUGGUACAGAUGAGUUUACUUGUGGUGACGGCAGUUGUGUGCAUCGAAACUAUGUGUGUGACGGGGCUCGAGAUUGCAAAGACGGUACUGAUGAACGCAACUGUCCUGUUCCUUGCCACUCUGAUGAGUUCUCUUGCGAUACAAGCCGAUGCAUUCCAAAUUAUAAAAAAUGUGACAGGUUCCAAGAUUGUGUUGACAACACAGAUGAAAUCAACUGUGGCUGUACAGACAACGAGUUCAGAUGUAGGGACGGAAGUUGCAUCCCGUACCAGAGAUACUGCGAUGGUCGAGUUCGAGACUGCCAGGACGGGUCUGAUGAGCAGGAUUGUCCACCAGUGAUCUGUUCAUAUGGAUGGUUCAGGUGUAAUUCAGGACAGUGUAUUCCUCAGCAUCAAAUGUGUGAUAUGAGGACUGAUUGCUUAGAUGGAAGUGAUGAACAAGAUUGUCGUGACUAUUACUUCCGAGCGAUCUGUUCAAAUGGAUGGUUCAGGUGUAAUUCAGGACAGUGUAUUCCUCAGCAUCAAAUGUGUGAUAUGAGGACUGAUUGCUUAGAUGGAAGUGAUGAACAAGAGUGUCGUGACUAUUACUUCCGAGGCUCAGAGGUCACCCAGGCACCACCAUCAGUCGACAACAGAGUGAGCUGCCCCUACGGACAAUUUGCCUGCCAAUCUGGAGACCAGUGCGUGCCACAGUCCGCUCAUUGUGACAACAACUAUGACUGCAGGGACUACUCAGACGAGAACAACUGUGCUGGAAAUCCUGAAGGACUUAAUCUCAAGACGUACCCGAAUGAUCAGAUUAUCAAAGCAAUUGAGCAAGGUAGAGAAGUUGUCUUCCAAUGCCGAGAUGAAGGCCCAUUGCGAGCUUCAGUCCGCUGGACUCGUGGAAAUGGCUUACCUCUCCCACCAGGUUCCCGUGACAUCAAGGGACGGCUGGAGAUGCCAAACAUACAGUUAGAACAUGAGGGCUCAUAUGUCUGUGAAGCAAUGGGAUUUUCAUCUGCAACGCCUGGUUCAAGAGCUUCAGUAUACCUAAAAGUUGAACCAUUUGAACAAUUGGCGAUUCCCACUCGUAAAGUGUGCGAGUUUAAUGAGGCAACUUGCUCGAAUGGUGACUGCAUACCCAAGAACAACGUGUGUGACGGACGCUACGACUGUACUGACGGCUCAGACGAGAUGAGAUGCAAUCCUCAUGGCUGUGAACCGAAUGAAUUCCGAUGUGACAACAAGAAGUGUGUACAGAAGACUUGGCUUUGUGAUUCAGACGAUGACUGUGGAGAUGGAUCAGAUGAGAAAAAUUGCCAACCUAGUCCUCCAGGAUCCAACUGUCAAUACAACGAAUACCAGUGUGCAAGACAAGACCAGUGCAUUCCCAAGGCUUUUCAUUGUGACAUGGAAGUAGACUGUCAGGAUGGAAGUGAUGAAUUUGGAUGUUCUAAGGCCGAGAUACAGAAACCUCCUCCCUCGAUGGUGGUGAAACAACCUGGUGAGACUUUCACGAUCACUUGCACUGCCGUGGGAGUGCCCACUCCAGAAGUGGUGUGGCGUUUGAACUGGGGACACAUUCCACCCAAGUGUCAGACCACUAGUGUCAAUGGCUAUGGAACUCUCACCUGUCCUAAUAUUAUGGAGUCAGACCAAGGAGCUUAUAGCUGUGAGGCACUAAACAACCGAGGCUCAACCUUCGCAAUACCUGACACAAUUCUUGUUGUGAAACCUGACGCACAUGUGUGUACUGAAGGGUCUUUCAAUGAACUAGCCAAGAGCCCUGAAGAAUGUAUUCCAUGUUUCUGUUUUGGAAAGAGUACCUCAUGUAGGAGUGCAAAUCUGUUCAUCUUCCAGCUGCCUCCUCCACUAGAUACAUACACAAUAUUAAAUGUGUAUAUGCCACCAAGUGGAGGUGUGGAAAUCAGAAAAGAGCCCUCCCAGUUACCUACAUCAGUCUUUGGUAGAAGUGGAUUUAAGAUCAGCCUGACUGAUAACAAUUUGAAACCUGCAUAUUACUCCACUGUUUAUCCAUAUUUUGCACUACCAGAGUCCUACUUGGGCAGUCAGUUAACAUCUUAUGGUGGUUACAUCAAGUACACAGUGAAAAGUGAUGGAUCAGGGAGCCCAUUACCCCAAACUAUACCAGACAUCAUACUAUCUGGCAAUGGUUACACACUUGUGUACAAGGGUCCUCCAAUCAAUCCCAGAGUUGAGAACAACAUUGCCAUCCGAUUCUUCCCAGGAAACUGGUACAGAGUACAUCCUGAAUCCAGGAUAGAAUAUCCUGCUACUAGACAAGAUCUCAUGAUGACUCUACAACAAGUUGACCAUUUGCUUAUCAGGACUCAGUACUUCAGUGAUGAUCUAGAGACAACGAUAACUGACAUCAUUAUGGAUUCUGCAGCAAUCAGGAAUUAUGGACAGGGCAAGGCUGCCUACGUAGAGCAGUGUGACUGCCCUCUGGGUUACUCAGGUUACUCUUGUGAGAAAUGUGACAAGGGCUUCAUGCACCAACCGACUGGUCAGUGGCUUGGCUCCUGUGUGGCCCCUGAACCCUGCCCUUCCAUGUACUUCAGAGACCCUCGAGACAACCAGUGUCAUCCAUGCUCCUGCCCUCACACAGACAAAUUUGGAGUGGGCUGUGGCAUCGACUCGGAUAUGAACAUUACAUGUACGUGUCCGCCAGGCUUUGAGGGACGUCGCUGUGAGAAGUGCUCUGAAGGGUAUAUAGGCAAUCCUCUGCUUGGACAACCUUGUGUCAGAAGACCAGUGAUAGAAUGUGACCCAGCCGGCUCCAAGUCUACACAGAGAGAUCCUAGGACUGGUACAUGUUCCUGUAAGGAAUAUGCAACUGGACCUACUUGUAAUCAAUGUAAGCCUAACACAUUCAAUUUGGCUUCUGGAAAUCAAUUUGGCUGCAUUAACUGCUUCUGUAUGGGCAUCAACACCACUUGCACCAGCUCUGACCUGUACAGAACUCAGGUUGUGGCUGCUUUCACUAGGGAUAACCAAGACUUCAAGCUAGCAGAAGCUAACAGGUUAAGUGAACCCAUAACCGAUAUUCAAGUCAAUCCAGCAGCUCAAGAAAUAUAUUUCCAACAGUUCAAUCCUGGGACAUACUACUGGGUGUUACCAAGUAAAUUCCUGUUCAACAAAGUGACUUCGUAUGGAGGUUACCUGAAGUACACUGUGCGCUACAUUCCUGUUCCAGGUGGUUAUUCUUACAACAAUGCACCAGAUGUGGAGAUUGUCAGUGACAAUGGAGUACGUUUGGUGUACUACCACAGUAAGGGCACACAGCCAGAGCCUAACCGUCCAGUGACAGUAGAGGUACCACUGUUGGAGCAGUACUGGGCACGAAUAGAUGGAGCACCCGCCAAUCGAGAACAACUGCUCAUGGGACUUGCAGAACUCAGUAAUAUCCUCAUCAAAGCAACCUACACUACCAAUACCCAGGAAGCUGCUUUAUUAUCUGUGUCACUGGAUACAGCGACAGAUGACCGCAAUACAGGUCAGAACCGGGCAGUGGAGGUGGAGCUCUGUUACUGCCCACAAGGCUACCGAGGUACGAGUUGUGAGGAAUGUGAUGCCGGGUACACCAGAAUGGAGGAGGGACUAUACCUAGGUGUGUGCGAGCCUUGCAGCUGCAACGGCUAUUCCAAUGAGUGUGAUCCGGAUACAGGACGUUGUCUGAACUGCCAAGGAAAUACAAUGGGAGAGAAAUGUGACCAGUGUGUGCCAGGGUACGGGGGUAGUCCAGGAACCGGUGUUCCUUGUACUCCUGAGGGCACUCAGUGUAACUGUGAUCCCCGAGGCAGUACAAGUCAAACUUGUGAACAGGGCAACCAGUGCACUUGCAAGACAAAUGUCAUAGGGCAAUCAUGCAGUGAAUGUAGAAAGGGAACAUUCGACCUUUCAGAGGCAAACAUAGAUGGAUGCAUUGAAUGUUAUUGCUCUGGAGUAUCCAGUGAAUGUCAGUCAUCGAAUUAUUACAGAGAGGCAAUCCCGAUGCAGAUAAUCGAUGGAUCACAUGGAUUUUUACUCACAGACCCAUCAAGGCAGUUUGUUAUUCAAGACGGGUUUAUACUGAACCCUGCCAAGAAUGAGAUUGGUUAUGAUUUUUCAAAUAACCAACGGCAGCAACGUUUAUUUUGGUCCCUUCCACCGCAGUUUACUGGAAAUAAGAUAUUAUCAUAUGGUGGGAACUUGAAUUUCUCAAGAAGUUACACUGCACUGCAAAACUACUCACCAUCCUUUGAUACUGACAUCAUUCUCAUCGGCCCUACGUUAUCUGUCUACUGGACAGAUGAUAUCUUACUCUCUCCUAAUAUCACAAGGACCACAUCAAUUCCUCUGAGAGAGAACAAAUGGCGAAGGCUGGAUCAAACAGUGGGACAGAAACCGGCAUCACGAGCCGACCUCAUGAGCGUGCUGUCCAACUUGCAGGCAAUACUGGUGCGAGCCACAUACCCUACUUACGCGCUAACCAGCUUUCUCAGUGACGUGAGUUUAGACACAGCCGUGUCUCAACGUACAGGCCGGCCAGUCGCGUCCGAAGUCGAAGUCUGCCGCUGUCCACAGGGCCAUCGAGGAUCCAGUUGUGAGUCGUGCAGUGCAGGAUACUACCAGGACUUUGACAAAAGCUGCAAGAAAUGUCCUUGCAAUAACAACGAGGAGUACUGUGUCUUGGGAGCUCAACAGCAAGUCAUCUGUACCUGUAGGACACCUUACAGCGGCCUUUACUGUGAUAGAACUAUCAAUUCAAUCAUGAUGAGGUUGUAUCCAGAACAAGUGAGUGCAGCGGUCGGCCAGAUGGUUAGGUUCAGCUGCUCGUACAACAGUUCCGAAAAGCUAAUGAUAGAAUUUAGCGAACAGUUAUACCCAUCAGUGGCAUUUCUCAUGAAGAUGGAGGGCAAUUCCCCUGCACAAUUCCACUACUGGGGAGGGGAGAAAAAUUUAGACACAAUAAUCCAACCUGAACACAGAAUGGUCUCUUGUUACGUCAAAAAUGCGUAUGGACAGAUUCUUGGGACUCUCUCAUCAAUGAUUUACCCAGAUGGUGGUAGUCCCAGACCCCCGCCCAGUCAACCUACAAUCUCUAUUAGCAUCACAGAGCCAACAGUGAUAGUUAUAGAGGCUGGCAAAGACAUCACAUUCAGAUGUACUGGUCGCUCACUCAUCUCCUCAAAUCCAAUUGGAAUUGAGUGGAGCAAGGAAAAUGGUUACUUGCCGAUUGACAGAGCAAUUGAUGAUAAGAGAGGACUGUUGAUCAUCAAGGAUGCUCAGGCAUCUGAUUCUGGCAACUAUAUCUGUACAGCUUCCGACGGCUACACCUUCGUCACUGAGAGAGCAACACUCACUGUAGGAGGACUUAACAUAUCACGACCUGUGGUGUCAGUCAGUCCAAGAGUGGUGGAUGUGAGAGAAGGAGAGCCAGUAGAGUUCCGUUGUGAAGCUACAGGAGUCCCAACACCAAAUGUCCAGUGGGUCAGGGAUCGCUCCAGCAGAUUACCGUCUCAGUCUUCAUUCGCAAGUGGCGUGUUCCGCAUUCCAUAUGCCUCACUUGUUGACGAAGGACUGUACACUUGCACAGCCAACAAUUCUGCAGGCGAUGAUUCUGAAACAGUGUCUCUUUAUGUCCGAAGUGCUCCACCUACAGCCCCGCCAACAACUGCUCCACCCACUCCCAUAGUGAGACUCACUGUUCAACCCCAGGACUACCAAGGAUAUGCAGGAGACACAGUACGACUUGAGUGCAUAGCCUCUAGCCCACGCAAUAUCAGGUUGCAGUGGUCUCGACUAGAUGGAGCUUUAUCGCCCAACGCAAGAGAUGCUGAUGGAGUAUUUACCAUUUACAAUGCACAACCCGGUGACAGCGGCUACUAUACCUGCACAGCUGUUGACUGGACAACCGGGGUUGUACAGCAGGAAGUGCGAGCUCGUGUCAACGUUAACUCACCAUCCAGGCCACAGCCAACAAUUAGCAUUGAACCACCUAGACAAACUGUGCCACAAGGUACAACUGCUGAACUGCGGUGUGUCACAAACGAAGGCCCAAUUCAGUGGUCUAAGGCUGGGGACACUCUUCCUGCAAAUGCUAAGAUAGACGGAAACAUCUUACGUAUUGAGAGGAUCCAAGUACUAGACCGAGGAGUAUACGUAUGUCAGGUGGAGGGGCCUGCAGGUCUGUCAAGGAUCACUGCCAUCAUUGAGGUUGAACGACGUGAGGUGCCAGCGAUAGAAUUGUUCCCGAAAAGCUCGCAGACCGUGACAGAAGGUGGCAGUGCACUGUUCCAAUGCCGAGUGCUGCAAGGCAUUCCUGAGCCUAGCUUACACUGGAGCAGAGUGGACGGCACUCCUCUGUCCAGGCAUGUGGAGCAACUGCCCACCGGUGUACUGAGAUUCAACUCAGUUGCUCGAUCAGAUGAAGGCCAGUAUCUCUGCACGGCAGACAAUUCUCAAGGCAGUGCCACCACCGUGGCUGUUCUGGAGGUACAGUCCCUGCCAAAGAUCACGAUAACUCCUGUUGGUCAGUCCAUCAAGAUAUCUCUGGGUCAGGUUGUACGUCUGGACUGUCAGGCUUAUGGUUACCCUCAACCUAUAGUAGUAUGGUCAAAACACCAGCCCGGUUACUCUUUCUAUGAACCUAAGUCCAUAACAGAAGAAUCUCCACAAGGGGCUGUAUACGAGAUUAGAGGUGCGACUCACGAUGAUGAAGGCAGUUACACAUGCUCGGCCCGCAACGCUGCCGGACAGGUAGAAGAGAGGAUUCAGCUGAUUGUGAGUGACGAGCAAACAACGAGUGGCCCCUCCAGCGGUCGGGGAGACAUUCCUAGUGGUAGCUCCUCUGGUGGAGUCUACAUCCUCCCCGACGAGGACUUUACUGUACCCCUCGGGGGCCAUGUCACCAUCCGCUGUGUAGCCCAGGCUCCACAGCAAAUAUAUCUGAUCUGGAAACGCCGGGACCAGAGGCCUCUGGGCCCCUCUGCCCAGACGGUAGGUGGAGAGUUAUAUAUACAGCAAGCACAGUACUCUGACUCAGGGGACUAUUCCUGUGAGGGUGUGGACACCAGAGGCGAAAUGCUCUUCUCCGCAGUGGCUCAUCUCAGAGUUGUCGAACCAAUGCAAAUACGGCUGGACCCAGAACGACAGGUUGUGAGACCUGGAGACAACGCGCGAAUCACCUGUUCAGCGACCGGAGAGCAGCCCAUCACCAUCAACUGGCAGAGUGCCAACAACCAACCUUUACCAGCCUCCGUUCGCGUUAGUGGUGGUGUAAUUGAGUUUCUCGGAAUCCAAGAAAGUGAUGCAGGCCGCUAUUUGUGCAAGGCUAGCAAUAUGAGAGGCAUUUUGGAAGCUACAGCAGAUGUCAUCGUUAAUGAGAAUAAUAGUGGAUCACUUAGAGCUGUAGAUCGCAACCCAUCAGCCAUGGAAGGCACCAACAUCCAGCUGCGUUGUGAUACACGUGAUAACCAGCGGAUAACAUGGAGCAGAGAGAACGGCCCAUUACCAUCAAGAGCAAGCAUCCAAGGACAUAUUUUACAAAUAGACAACCUGCAACUGGGUGACGCUGGACGUUACAUUUGCCAAACAGACAUUUAUGGACAAUCCUCACACACAUCAGCUCAAGACUACAUUGACCUGAGGGUUGAGCUGAAUCCAUGCACUCUGGACGAAUUUUCCUGUAAGAACCGACAGUGUAUUCCUCUCCUGCAAGUCUGUGACGGUAUUCUUCACUGUUCAGAUGGAAGUGAUGAAGCAACUUGUCAAAUACGACCUGGACGUGAUUUAAAUGACCUCGAGCUUAAGAUAGAGCCAAGCAACCGAGAAGCACACUAUGGGGAAACGGUGGAUCUGCGAUGUAUAGCUGCUGGUCCACAAGGUUUCAAGUUGUAUUGGUCUCGUGCUGAUGGUGGCAAUCUCCCAGCCAAUGCUAGACAGACCGGAGAUCUUCUCAGAUUAACAUCAGCUACACCCGAAAACACUGGGACUUACAGAUGUACAGCAAUUUUAAACAACAACCGUUACCACGAGGACUACUACCUCAUUGUACAUGAUGAUCGGCCGACUCACGAUGCUGCCUCAGCUGAGACUGUAACUGCCAACUACGGCCAGACUGUAGAGCUUGAAUGUGCAAUAGACCUGGAGGGUGCCAUUUCCCACUCCUGGGCCAAACAUGGAGGUGUUCUACCAUCCAACGCUCAAGUUUCAGGGCCUCGCUUAACCAUCUCUUCAGUAACAUACAAGGACGCUGGCUUGUACAUCUGCACAGCAUCAAACGGCAACGUUCAAGUGGAUAUCCCUAAGUUUAUACUAGUCCGAGGAGCUGUGCCCUUCUUUGCUCAAGCAAAGAGCUCCUACUUGAUGCUCCCCACUCUCUCUAAUGGCUAUCUGAACUUUGACAUUGAAAUCACCUUCAAGCCUGAAAGCCACAAUGGUCUGAUAUUAUAUAAUGGGCAGCAGUAUGGAGGAGCAGGAGAUUUUAUAUCCUUUGGAUUGCGUGAUGGAAUCCCAGAGUUUAGAUUCGAUGUGGGAUCAGGCGUUGGUCUAGUGAGGGGUUCCCAACCAUUGUCCCUUGGUAACUGGCAUACAGUUCACCUUAACAGAGUCAAGAAAGAAGGAUCUAUGUACGUUGAUGAACACCAGUACUACCAUGGAAAUUCAAGUGGACGCAUGCAAGGCUUGGAUUUGUCACAACCACUGUUCCUUGGAGGAGUGCCAGAUUUUAGCAGCAUCCAGAAGCAAAACGGAUUUACCUCUGGUUUUGUUGGUUGUAUAAGCCGUCUAGUGAUAAACAACAAGGAAGACAUCGAUAUAAUGCAGGAGCAGAAGGACUCAGAGGGAGUGACAUCCUGUGAGACUUGUGCUGUGAAUCCUUGCAUGAACAGCGGAGUGUGCCAAGAGGCUCCUACCAGAUCUGGAUACAUGUGCCUGUGUCCUCGAGGCUUCAGUGGACUCAACUGUUCCCACAUGGGUGAACCAUGCUAUCCAGGUGCUUGUGGGCAAGGCCGCUGCGUUGACACUGAUGAAGGACUCGAGUGUUACUGCGGUUUGGGCAAGGCAGGUGAUCGUUGUGACAGAGACAUCUCCAUCACAGAGCCAUCUUUUAACAAGAAUUCUUAUUUGGCUUAUCCCACUCCAAAAACGCUCAGCAAGAUUAAAAUAGCCCUCAAAUUCAAUCCUGCCGAUUACUCAAAUGGACUGCUCUUGUAUUGUGCCCAGAACGAUGAUGGAACUGGGGAUUUUGUAUCUUUAUCUAUAAGGGACAGACAUCUUGAGUUCAAAUUCGAUACAGGAUCAGGUAUCAACACUCUGGUCAGUAUGAAUGAGAUCGUACCGGGUCAGUGGGUUGAAGUGAACACUGGCAUGGGAGGUCGGGAUGCUCACCUCACAGUCACUGGAGAUCUACCUGUGUCCAAGAGUGUCAGGUCAGGACUGUUCAAGUUUGCAACACCGCUGUAUAUUGGUGGCUAUGACAAGUUGCGUAUCAGGCCUGCCGCUGGAGUAGGCGUGAGGCAAGGUUUCCAUGGAUGUGUUGGAGAGGUCCAAGUGUCUGGGCUGAAUUUAGACCUGAUCAGGUCAGUAGUGGACUCGGCCAAUAUUGAACAGUGUUCAACUGAACAAGGAGAUCCCUGCCUGUUGAGGCCUUGCCUGAACAAUGGUGUGUGUUACCCCGGUCCAGACGGUAGGAGCUACCAGUGUUCGUGUCCAUCAGGGUUCAGUGGACACAACUGCGAGCAAGAACAGGAUAUGUGUGCUGCGCUUCAGCCCUGUCAGAAUGGAGGUUCAUGCGUUGGUACGCCCAGCUCGUACAAAUGUAACUGUCCAAUUGGCUUUGCUGGUUCCAACUGUCAAGAAAGAACUGAAUUCCGAACAGAAGUUAGCUUCAAUGGAGAUGGAUACGUGGAACUAAACAGAGAUUUGUUGCCCCACACAAACCCGGAGGAAAGUGAACUGAUCCACAUAGAAUUCUCAACGACGCAGCCAAAUGGUUUGCUGCUGUGGCACGGACAGCCCCCGGAGACUUAUGGCAGUGGACAUGACUACUUGUCUGUAGCAGUUGUUAAUGGGAAACUUGAACUGAGCUAUGAGCUGGGAUCAAAAAUUCCCGCCGUGAUCGUAUCAACUGAGCGAGUGGACGAUGGCGCCAGACACGCAGCAGAGAUAAAGCGUCAGGCCCGAGAUGGCUCCUUAUUGCUGGACAGAGGACUGACAGAGUUUGGUGAAAGUGGUGGCAUCUUGACACAGCUAAACACAGGAGGAAAUAUCUUUAUCGGUGGAGUACCUAACCUUGACCACAUGACUGUUGCCCACGGCAACCUAACCAACUUCGUGGGCUGCAUACAUUCUCUGCAAAUCCAGAACUCUGGAGUAAUAAACUUUGCAGAAAAAGCAGUCACCUCAGUCAACACUCGUCCUUGCUUAAGCGAUGCAGAGGAUGAAGACUAUGACAACAAUGCUGGCAGGGGGGAAGAGGUGCAUUGAAAGAUGCACCGAGCGAUUAGAUAUUUAAUAUGAACGUCCUCUUAAAGAAACUUUGUGUUCAUUAUGUACUAUUUGUAUACGUUCUUUUACAAUUUAUUGUUUUUCAUUUCAUAUUGCCCUUAAUUUAUUACUUUUAUUGAUUAGUGAAUUUUUAAUUACCUUUAGAAAACAAUAUGGGUGAAGAACAAUAAAUGGCUAAAAGUUCUAAACUGCCACGAAAUACUUAAACUAACAGCUUUGUGCCAUAAACUAACAAUGUGUAACCAUUAGUUUAUAUUCCAAAGAAGGUGUCCCUUAGGCUUCCAAUACUGCCAAUUAUUAAUGGAUGUUCUGGACACGUAAACGUGAUCUUAAAAUUAAGUUAAGUUUAUUUUAGUUUUUUUUUUACUACAAAUUAUUACCAUUCUUUACCAUAACGAGUAACAAUAAACUGCAAAUAUGUGAUUGUGCUAGGUUGUCUGAAGGGUAGAGGCGUGGAGCUCUCUCCCUGAUAUUAUCUGUAACACAUGGGAGGUAGUGACAGUUGUUCCAGCCAUACUUUGCAGUUUGUCUUUUAUUUUUAUUAAAAUAGCUGUCAGAUAUUUUAAAACUAUUUUUUACACUAGAGAUUUGUUCUGUUUAGGUUUAGUGUUAAUUUUGUAAAUUAUUAUUAAUUUCAAAUAAAUGACGAUUUAUUUUUUGUACGCUCACGUUUCCAAGUGAAAAAUCUUAUUCCCAUGACUUGUACAAACAUGCGGGUUAACAGGUUGUAAAUGUUUUACAACUUAUAUAAAAGCUAAUUUUAAUUCCAGAUCAUUUUUGAAUGUAUUUAUUGUGUAUUCUUUACUAAGUUAUGGAAAAAAGAUUUUUUAUGUUAUUUUCCUUAAAUUUUCUUGUAUUUGUAUGUUUCUUAAUUUGAUUUUAGCUUUUACUGUUGUACUUCUAGAGUCUAUUACCACUGUACAUGUUUGAGCGAAACUACUGUGCUGUAAUUAAAUGUUAUGUUUAAUAAAAAGAUAUUUGUACAGAUAAAUAAAACUAAUACUGUCUUUUGUUAAUGACGAUGACAAUAAAAGAUGUAUUAUAUUUAAA